CCCUCCCAGGUCAAGCAAUGCAAUCUUCACAUCUAUAAAUACGUCUCAAACGACCAACACUGCCAAAAGGAAUCAAAACUCAAACUCAUUAAUUGGUGUUUAUUUCCUCAACUCAAACUGAAAUGCCGAAAAUGGGACUCAAAAACUUGUUCUUCUUCAAAGCAUCACCAUCGCCACCUUCCUCUCCUCCCACAAGAACCUUCUCCGAUUCACUAAUGGACCAAAACAUCGAAACCGCUCGCGCCAUCAUUUCCAAAUGGGAACUUAUUUCCCCUUCUGACCAAACCGCCCCUCUUUUCAGCAACACUCGCCAAGAAGCCAAACAGUACCUUAACGCUGUCAUGAGCCUGCAGUCCACUAUGCAGCACCUCGUCGCACUGGAUUCCUCCUCCGACACCCUCGUCCAAGCCCACUUCCUUAUGCAACUCGCCAUGAAGAGACUCCAGGCCGAGUUCUAUCGAAUAUUAGCCCAAAACAGAGACAAUCUCCAUCCUGAAUCCGUCGCCUCCACCGAUCACCGGAGCAGCAGCGUCUCCGAUGACGGCUCCGAUUUCUCCGACGAUGAGUUCCGCUUCGCCGGCGACUCUGUCUCCACGGUCGCCAUGGCGGACCUGAAAGCCAUUGCGGAGUGUAUGGUUUCCGCCGGAUACAGCGAAGAGUGCGUCAAGAUUUACAUCUUAAUGAGAAAAUCAAUCGUAGAUGAGUCACUGUAUCACUUCGGAGUGGAGAGGCUGAGCUCCUCUCAGAUUCAGAAGAUGGACUGGGAAGCGCUCGAGUCCAAGAUUAAGUCCUGGCUCAACGCUGUCAAGAUCGCCGUCGGCUCUUUGUUUCACGGUGAGAGAACGCUCUGCGACUACGUCUUCGGUUCACCGGAGAGGAAGACCGCGGAGUCCUGCUUCGCCGCGAUUUGCAGCGAAGGGGCUACGUCGUUGUUCGGAUUCCCGGAAAAAGUUGCCAAGUGCAGCAAGAAAACGCCGGAGAAAAUGUUCAGGACGCUCGACUUGUACGAAGCGAUCUCUGAUAACCGUCAACAAAUUGAAUCCAUCUUCUCGUCAGAAUCAACCUUCUCAAUCAGAUCGCAGGUACUUGCUUCUCAGGCUAGGCUGGGCGAGGCCGUUGGGACGAUGCUAAACAACUUCGAAUCCGCGAUUCAAAAGGAAUCCUCCAAGAUUCUCAUGCCUGGCGGCGAGAUCCACCCGCUCACGCGUUACGUCAUGAACUACAUCGCGUUCCUGGGCGAUUACGGCGACGGGCUCGCGGAGAUAGUCGGCGAUUGGCGUAAAAAUUCGUUGCCGGAGUGUUACUACCGAAGUCCCGAUCGCGAGGGAAAGAAAGGGUCAUCGGAGAUAGCUGAACGGAUGGCGUGGCUGAUAUUAGUGCUCCUCUGUAAGCUGGACAGAAAAGCUGAACUCUACAAAGAGGUUGCACUCUCUUAUCUGUUCCUGGCGAAUAACGUGCAAUACGUCGUCGUAAAGGUCCGCAACACAAACCUAGGGUUGAUCCUUGGGGAGGAUUGGUUGACGAAGCACGAGUUGAAGGUGAAAGAGUAUGUUUCCAAGUACGACCAAGCAUCUUGAAGGAUGCGUUUAAUUGCUUUGUUCUCUCGCUCCUCUUUCACGGAGAUGAAGCAGCUAGCUCAAUUUUUUAUGAAGCUAUAGUUAAUUAUAUGCGCAUGAUUAAUAUGUGAUACACACAGUAAAUACAAUAAGAUAGCAUCAAAUAUACCUUAAUGAAAUUUUCUUAUUUUCAAAAUA